AUGGAUGUCGUGGAUGUUAAAGUGAAGGCAUACCGUAUGAUAGCGUACAGUGCGAUUUUAUUUUCGUUGGCUUCUGUGUUUUCAAUAUGUGCCACGUUGCCAAUGAUUUAUCAUCAUUCUGAAGCUUCGAAGGCUCGAUUAAAUAAGGAGGCGGACUACUGCACGAAAAUUAGGAAAAAAGACUUCAUUGUAUAUCACAUAAUUGGAUAUAUCACACGCUCCCUUCGUGAAAUCGAGCGAGAAAUCAACGAGCUAACUCGUCUAGGAAUCCACAACAGAACUACGCGUGCUCUUCACCACCAACGUCGACAAACAUAUGCUGAAGGAGGAGGAGCUGGAGCUGGAGCUGGAGUUGGAGCUGGAGCUGGAGCACAAGCGCAAUGUAAACCUGGACCUCAAGGACCAGGAGGUGCCCCCGGAAAACCGGGAAAACCCGGAAAACCAGGGGUGCCUGGCUUACCAGGAAGUACGGGAAAACCACCUCGAGAGCCCUGUGAACCAAUCACACCGCCUCCAUGCAAACCAUGUCCCGCUGGUCCACCAGGACCAGGAGGACCACCUGGACCUCCAGGUCCUGACGGUCCACCUGGUGCACCCGGAGCGCCUUCACCGCCGGGAUCACCAGGAGAAGCUGGACCACCUGGCCCACCUGGUUCACCAGGGAAAGACGGCGUUCCUGGAGAAGCUGGACCACCUGGACCAGCUGGGGAGACUUCCCAAGGAGCACCCGCAGAACCUGGCGCAGCAGGACCACCAGGUCCGCCAGGUCCACAAGGACCCGAUGGAAAGGCUGGCGAGAAUCAUGGACCGGGAGCGCCAGGACCACCUGGACCACCGGGAGCUCCUGGUGCAGCCGGAGCAGACGGAAAUCCAGGACCACCAGGACCAGCUGGGAAACCCGGAGCGGCCGGCGAAAAAGGAAUUUGCCCAAAGUAUUGUGCGCUUGAUGGAGGCAUAUUCUUCGAAGAUGGCACAAGAAGACGAUAG